CAGGCCCAUCCCAUUGUCGUAUUGACCGACCUACCAUUAGGCACGGUCAUGAGGGACUCCACUUCAUCAGGAAGAAUGAUCAAAUGGGCCAUGAUGCUUACCCAAUUCAACAUUGAAUAUCGUCCGAGGACGGCGAUAAAAGGGCAAGCUGUGGCUGACUUUCUUGUAGAGAUGACGGGUCAUCAAGAAGAAGAACCGGCCAGGGCCAUCACCGAGCCUUGGUGGUCUAUGUCGGUAGAUGGAGCUUCUGGGCCGAAAGGUUACGGGGGAGGUGUAGUAUUCACAACUCCGGAAGGGUUCAAGGGGGAAAACACCGAUGCUGACUUGCUAUCAAAAUUGACGCAAGCAGCCCCGGAGCAUGUGUCCAAGCUGGCCAGGAUUGAGACGCUGGAGAAAGCCAGCAUUGAAGGUUUUUCUGUUAGCAUGAUAGAGGAAGAUGGACAGCCCAAUCCAGAUCGAGUGGAGCCAGAUGAUAUUUGGAUGGAUGACUUGGUCAGGUACUAUAUAAUCGGGCAAUUCCCUGAGGAUGAGGAUAGGAUAAGAAAAGUAAAGUUGAGGGCUCCAAGAUUCCAAAUGCUUGCUGGAAGGCUAUACAAAAGGGCAUUUGGCGGUCCGCUGCUGAGAUGCUUGACCAGGGCGGAGGCGGAAAGAGUGAUCGCCGAAGUUCAUGAGGGUGUCUGUGCAGCUCACCAAAUGUCCAGGACACUCGCACAAAGGAUCAUCUUGCUAG